AUGAGUGCAGGUGUCAAGACCCCGUCAGCACCUCCCAAGCCUUACCCGACCAGAAGUGGCUUCGGUCUUGCUUGGAGACAGAAGAAUGACCAAUCAGGGUCUGUAGCAGACAGAUUCAACAUCUCAAAAUCUACCCUGUAUAGCUAUCUGAAUAAAGUUUGUACUGAACUCGUAAAAAUGGCAAGUGAUGUUAUAAAAUGGCCAAAAUUGGAAGAAUAUGCCUAUUUAACCAGAAAAUUUAAAAAUAUAGCUUGCUUCCCAGGUAUAAUUGGGGCAAUUGAUGGGUGCCAUAUUCCUAUUAAAGCUCCAAGUGAAGCAGCGGAAAAAUAUGUAAACUGGAAGAAUUUUCAUUCUGUAAUUUUGCAGGCAGUCUGCAACCAUAACUUAGUUUUUACAGACUGUUAUUAUGGCUUCCCUGAUUCUGUUCAUGAUGCCAGAGUUUUCAGAAAUUCUGAAGUGAUUCAGAAACUUAAUGAUUCUUCCUUAUCAGAUUAUCACAUUGUGGGAGAUGCUACCUACCCACUUGUGGUGUCAUUGAUGGUACCAUUUAAAAAUAAUGGUCACCUAACUGCUCAAAUGCAUACAUAUAAUAAUAAGCUGUCAAAAAGCAGAAUUGUUAUUGAGAGGAGCUUUGCAUUAUUAAAAGGAAGAUUUAGAUGGUUAAAAAAUUUUGAUGCAAAUAAAACAUCGAUGCUGACUCUCUACAUAUUAUCAGCCUGUGUACUUCAUAACAUCUGUUUAAUGGCAGGGGAUGAUUUUGACGAAUUUGACAGUUAAUUGUGAUGAUGAAACUCUUGAAACUGAAUCAUCUAAUAUACAAUAUAACAGUGCUGCUCAAAGAAAAAGACAACAUAUUUCUGAUAGUUUCUAAGCUAUCAGAAAUCAUGUUUGAUAAUUACAGUAUUUCUGUACAAUGUAAUAUCUGUU